AUGGCGCCUAGGGUGAAAUCCAGUGAACAACUGCUGGUACCCUGGAUCUACGAUACUCUACUCGCUAUAUUCCGCUUUUGCUUAAGCAUCUUCUUCCGAGAAGUAUAUGCGCCUGGAGCAUGGCGCAUCCCGAAAAAAGGCCCAGUCAUCAUAGUGGCAGCUCCACACGCCAAUCAAUUCGUCGAUUCCAUUCUCUUGAUGCGCAUUCUAAAGCGUUAUGCGGGACGAAGAAUAUCAUUCUUGAUUGCGGAAAAAUCAAUGCGCGAACCGUAUAUUGGCACAUUGGCUGCGCAAAUGGGUGCUCUUCCGGUCACACGUGCGAUGGACAAUAUUAAACCGGGAAUGGGCACUAUUUUCCUACCCCAUCCCGAGAGCGAUCCGACUUUGGUGAGCGGAAAGGGCACAAAUUUUACGGAUCCGAUGUUCAUGGAGCGAGGCACUCUGAUACUCCCUAAAGUGGGCCAAGAAGCCCCUGAGCAGCAGGCGAUUGCCGAGAUUAUUGGUCCCGAAGAGCUGCGGCUGAAAGCGCCUUUCAAGAACUUUGCUCGCGACCACCCACUAUACGAAGGUCUUCGUACGGGAACUUCAUUCAAAGUUGCCCCUCAUAUCGACCAGAGUCAAAUGUUUGAUGCCGUAUACCGAGGACUUGAGUCAGGCGGUUGUAUCGGAAUCUUCCCUGAAGGUGGAAGUCAUGAUCGCCCGCGGUUGCUGCCACUGAAGGCUGGAGCCGCUAUCAUUGCUCUCGGGACACUGGCCCGGUCUCCAGACUGUGGGUUGACCAUUAUACCCUGCGGAAUGAACUACUUUCAUCCAAAUAAGUUUCGUUCGCGUGCCGUCAUAGAGUUUGGCCCACCUGUUGAAGUUCACCCAGACCAGGUAGCCGCAUUCAAACUUGGGGGUAAUUCUAAACGAAAUGCAGUCGGUUCUCUUCUAGAGACGAUACAGGAGGCGUUAGAUUCUGUGACCCAACAAGCCCCCGACAGGGAGUCACUUAUGCUUAUACAGGCCACCAGAAAAUUAUAUCAGCCAUUGCGAAUGAAGUUACCUCUUCCCGUCGUCAUUGAGCUGAAUAGGCGGCUUUUGAAAGGAUACACUACAUUUCGGCACGAACCAAAGGUCAUACAGUUGGCGAGAGAUGUGCGGGCUUAUAAUCGUCAGCUCAAGGCUCUGGGCGUUCAAGACCACCAGGUUGAAUGGGGUAAUGUCCGUCGUCGCCCAUGGUCAAUGGUUCUCUUAACACUACUCUACCGCAUCGGUGAGCUUAUAAUGCUGGGUUUGGGAACUUUGCCAUCCUUGGCUCUCUUUUGGCCCGUGUUCGUCACUGCAAGAGCCAUUUCGCAUUCAAAGCAACGCAAAGCGCUUGCCAAUUCGUCUGUCAAAAUGGACGGUCGUGAUGUUGUCGGAAGUUGGAAGAUACUUGUUGCAAUGGGGUUUGCGCCUGCAUUAUAUACGUGGUACACCGUAAUCGUUACAGUCUGGUUGUACUAUUGUCGAAACGACGGGUAUUACUCCUCCGUUGUACCUUGGUGGAUAAAUGCUCGGUCGUACGUUCCAGACAGUGUUCCACUACGAGUUUUCACUGUCUUCUUCUUUGGACUCAUGAUAGCAGUCAGUUUUGCAGGUCUCCGAAUUGGUGAAAUCGGCAUGGACAUUCUCAAGUCCCUGCCUCCUUUGUUCAUCGCUCUGAAUCCCAGCUCUUCGUCUGCACUGAUCAAGCUGCGCAACCAGCGUCGAGCUGUGGUGGCUCAAGUCAUCAACGUCAUCAACACCUUUGGCCCCGAGAUCUUUCCGGACUUCGAAUAUGAGAAGCUAGUCGAUGAAAAUUAUGACUACGACGGCGACAAGGGCGUUAAUAUGGACUAUGCAACGUACAAGUCCCGUCUCAAGAGCAUGCCGCCCAGUGAACCCCAAACACCAAACCGUAGCCGCAGCCGCAGCCGAAGCAGGGGUAGAAGACCAUCCGACUCCUGGCAGGGGUUUAGCAGCGGGAACUUUCUCAAACCCUUGACAUCUGGAGCUUCUGGACCCUCAAAAGAUGAACUUCGCGAGUUGAAUCGACGUAUUGGGACGUUCUCUGAGACCGAACAGGGAAGAGACCAUAACUAACUUACCGUGCUACGGAAGCCAUUGUUAAAUCAGUUAUUUAUACCCACGAAUGGAAUUUUUAAACAUUAAGCUUAUUCUUUAAUGAAGAAUAGCUCAAUAGAGAAGAAUAAAGGCUUCGAUGGUGGACA